AUGGCUGAACAGUUGAGCGGUUCUGAAAGUGAUGAACAAGACAUUUCCUUUUGUGCUAUCAAAGACGAUAUUGGUGGCGGACAAUAUGAAGAUUACGAAGACAAUUCUAAUCCUAUUAAGAGUAGGGUAUUUUUGUCCAAAUCGGAUCAAGAUGGCGGUGAUCGACAGGGGAUCAUUCCAACGAAUGCAGCCAGACCAAGCAGGGCUGAAAACCCAACUGCGGUUGGGCCUGACUUAACCUAUCUGUGGAACGGUUCUGAGAGUACGGGUCAAAGCGCUUCAAGCACAUCUGCAUCGUUUGAGUCAAUUAAUUCGGAAGAACUGGGCGAAUCUUGUCCAUUGAUUUUCAGUGUCGAUGAUGUGGUCCGAUCAAACCAAAAUGACCAGACUGUUACGUCUGGAAAUGUGGACCAUCUAGAAUCAGACGUUCAACCUGUUAUGGUACCAGAUAUGUUUAAUAAAAAGGCUUUCAGUGAUACUUAUAUCCCAAUAUUCGUCACAGACUGCGACAACAUCACAGCAGACGAGUCAGUUUCUAAAGACACGACGAUCUCCAGUGAGCUACGGAGUGACGUGAACCUGUAUCCAAUCUUCCCUGAUCAAAGACCGAAUUUCAGAUACGACAACUAUGGUAAAGGUCAAAGUUCAUCCUCAGAAGAUUCGUUAAUUUCCGCACCUUCAAAUCUCCAUUCGAACUCCUUUGUUGAAGGUAGUCCGGAAUAUUUGGUCAACAAAUUGGACAACCAAAUUGAACAACUCGCAAAAACAUUGGAAGGUUUGUUUGUUGGCGAUGCCGAGAAAUCUGGCGAAGACGAACAGAAUGGUGACGCUAAUACUAAAGAAAGUUCACCAGAAGCUGGUCGAGAAGAAAUCAUGAAGACUGUAACCUCGACACAUGAGACAUGGAAAGAGUUCAGAGAAUACUUGCUAGAUCUAAUGGGGGAGACUGAUUACCUAGAGGUACAGGUACAUGACCUGUUCAAAAGAUUACAAGCACGAGAAGACGAUAAUUUAAGACUCAGGUGUGAAAGACGAGAAUUUCAGACUUAUCUGGAAGGUCGAGAGCAGGAAUGGAAGGCUGUAGAGAAAGGUUUAAAGACAGAACUAGACUAUUUUAAUAGUAAAUUAUUUGAUAUUAGUGAGAGUAAGAUGGAUUGGGCGAAAGAAACCAAGAUGCUGGAAGCUUUGAUGGAUCUACAGUUUGACCGAGAACAAGGUAUUAUCCUGGAUACUGCCAAACAAAAUAAGUUGAAUGAGUUAAAGUUAUUGGUUUAUAGACAACAGUUACUAAUAGAGGAACUACAGGAAGAUAAUAUUACAUUACAACAAGAGAUAGCCGGUCAUAUUUCUACUAGUACCGGUAAUAUACCAUUAAACUUGUGGUAA